CCAAAGCGGAGGUGAGGAAAAAAGUGGUCGGCACUUUGACAGUAACAGAAUUGGCACUGGUGAUGAAUGUCCCGCAGCAGCCAGGCACUGCCCAGCUCCAUGCUGCCUGGCAUAAUAGGAUUUUCAAAGUGGCUUAAGGCCAAUAUGUGGGAUGAAAUAAAAAAGGAAUGUAUGGAGCACCAAUCCUGCCGCCAUUACAUCAGAAGCUGAAGAGGAAACCUUAUGAUCAUCACGAACCUUUCGAUCUGUGGGGUUGCCGUGCCGCAGAAAAAUCUCUAGCUAGGCAGCAUCUUGCCGCCUAGGGAAACCCCCGACAGAGCCAGGUCGAGCUUCGUGGUGUAGGGCCAUCCGAUGUUAAUCCCUCAUAUACCUCAACACAACAUACGAAUUUCAGCUUCCCGAGGCUGCCAGACGCUACACUCCGCUUUUCUUUUCUUAAAGGACGAUGCCGUCCCCAAAGGAGAGAUCCCCCACACACACACACACACACCGCCUGCUUCGGCAGAAAGGAAGCCGAGCGAGGAAAGCGGGCGGCUGCUAACAAAAGCGCGACGCGCGAGUCUGGCGGCUCUGAGGCGGGAAUAAGGGGGUUGGCCCAGAGGAGGCCUCGCCUUGGCCUGGGCGGGAGAGGGAAGGAGGAACGACGCCGGCAACCCCCGCCGUUUGGUCCCAUUUUCGGCCGUAGCCGUGCAGCCACCCGAGGGUUGGGGACACCACGGGGGAGAGGGGCGGGCACCCGGCCACGGCGGUUGGAGGCGCCGCUGCGGCCGUGCUGGGCACUCGUGGGCGGCCUGGCGCGCUCCUCGGCUCAGCCUAGCCAGCUUUCCUUGAGGACCCGGCAGCCAUGGUCUCGGUGCGUCGGGCGCCGCUGCCGCUGCUGCUCGUGUGGGCGGCGUGGGGGGCCCCGCGGGUCUCCUGGUCGCUGGUGUGGUACACGGCGUGGGUGAGCACGGUGUACACCGAGCCCGGCACCAACCGCACCGUGUGGGGCAGCGCCGAAAGCGGCCGCUACGGGGAGAGCUCGCCGAAAGUGAACGCGCAAGGCCUCGUGGGCAUCCCUCGCAGCGGCGGCAGCGCCGCCACCACCGCCCGCCCCAUGGAAGGCUGCGCCCCGGACGUCGAGUACGAGGUCCCGAUGCCUCUGGGCGCUUCUCGCCGCCCCUCAGGGGAGCCGUCGGGCGACGCUGCUCUGCCGCUUGCCUCCUGGAUCGCCCUGGUGGCCCACGGGGGAUGCUCUUUGAAGGACAAAGUGGCCAACGCGGCCAGGAAGAGGGCGACGGCCGUGGUGAUCUACAACGAGCCCCGCUUCGGCAACUCCACCUUCACGGUGCCUCACCUGGGUACUGGCAAUACCGUUGUAAUUAUGGUUGGUUAUCCAAAAGGAAUGGAGAUCUUAGAGCCAGUGAGAAGAGGGAUUCCAGUGAAAAUGACUAUUGGUGUUGGUAAACAACAUGUGCAAGAAUAUAUCACUGGACAGUCAGUCGUGUUUGUAGCAAUAGCAUUUAUCACCAUGAUGAUUAUAUCUUUAGCAUGGCUCAUAUUUUUUUAUAUACAACGUUUCCUCUAUUCUGGAUCACAGUUUCGAAGACAGGGCCACAGAGAAGAAACAAUUAAAGCAAUUGGCCAGCUGUCCCUGCAUAUUGUAAAGCAUGAAGAUAAGGGGCUAGACAUUGAUGCAGAAAACUGUGCUAUCUGCAUUGAAAACUAUAAACCAAAAGAUGCAGUCCGAAUCCUGCCAUGCAAACAUGUCUUCCACAGGCACUGCAUUGACCCCUGGCUUUUGGAACACAGGACAUGUCCAAUGUGCAAACUAGAUGUCAUCAAAGCUCUAGGAUAUUGGGGGGAAACGAAAGAGGUACCUGAUGUUGUAGUGUCUGAAUCAGUAAGUGGUAGUAUAUCAGCUGAGAGCUGGACUAUUGCUAUACAAGAAGAGAACAGAAAUGAAACAAGUGACUUAUCAGGAUCUUCUGCUAAUGAAUCUGCAUUAAACAGUAACAGUUUAAAAGAAGAUGCAGGUGAAACAACAGCUUUACUUGAAAAAGAGGACAGAAACAUUCUACAUGAAGAAUACCUGCCUGGUGGAAAUACAUAAUGAAUGUUCGAUAGAACUGAAUAGAGAGCUAAAUGUUUAUUUUAUUUUUAUUUAAAUGUUACAGACUUUUUUCUGCCUGGAAGUACAUAUUACUGUUCUAAUUAAUGUUUGAAAAGGGCUGAUAAUUGAGAAUUUUGUAUCCUAGUUUUCUAUCCUUUUGUAUCCUUUAUAAAAUACAGUAAGCCUC